CUGGAUGACCAUCUGUCAGGGAUCCUUUAGAGGGCAUUUCUGCUGGGUGUCUGAUCUCUGGGGUCCCUCCCAGGCCUGAGAUUCUGGGGGUCAAUGAGAGCAAAGCCAAAAAAGGUCAAUUUUACUGGGUCUUUGUUGAGGUGGUUCAGAGCAGAGCUGAGCCCUGGGAAUAAAUGCAGGAUGGAGUCUGGUGUUCUCUUAGGAGGGGGAAGGACCACAGGUGGGCUCCCUGGUCACAUCCUCCAUUUUUCAUAACCCUCCAGUGAAAAGGGGUGGCCACCGAAGAGUGGGUUCCAGUGCCCAGGAAUAGCCCAAGAUUGGGCUAACUUGGGGCAGGGUCCUCAGAUGGAUCAGGCCAGCUCCCCCUGAUAUCUCCUGGGCAUCUCGGGACCCCAUUCUCCUUCCAGGAGUACUUUGCCCUUGGAGGAGGGAAUAAGAGCAUUGCAGCUUCCAGAGGCUGGCUGGGGGCCAGCCACACUCCUUUCUUCUCUCUCCUCUCUGCUCUGCUCCCCACCAGGCCACGCCGGAGCAUUAAUAUUUCAGCACUGCCUGGCUGCUGGCAUUGGCUCUACUGCAGUGCACUUUGUCAAUAAGAGACAGCCAGGCAGGGAGGGAGCUAACUGGCCACCAGCGGAGGAACCAAGAGCAGCAGCAACAGCAUCCCGCUCACUUGGACUGCACUGAGCAGGAGGCUGAGGAGAGGCUGAUCCUGCCCCACUCCAGGAAGCCACCAUGGAUGUUUUUAAGAAAGGGUUCUCCAUUGCCAAGGAGGGGGUCGUGGGGGCUGUGGAGAAGACCAAGCAAGGAGUCACUGAGGCAGCUGAAAAAACCAAGGAGGGGGUGAUGUAUGUGGGGACAAAAACCAAGGAGGGUGUAGUACAGAGUGUGACCUCAGUUGCUGAAAAGACCAAAGAACAGGCCAACCUGGUAAGCGAUGUCAUGGUGGCCAGUGUGAAUACCGUGGCCAAUAAAACCGUGGAGGAGGCAGAAAACAUUGUGGUGACCAGUGGCAUCGUUAGGAAGGAGGACUUGGUAAAUCCAGCCCAACCUGAGCAUGGGGCUCCGGAAGAGCAGCCAGCAGAGGCUGCAGAAGUUACUGAGGAGGUAGAGGGCAGCGGAGACUAGCUGAAGAGCCCUCCUGGAGCCAGGCGGGGGACUGUGGAGCCUUUAGCUGACGCUCACCUUCUUCCCUGCCACCUCCCUCGCCCAGAGCAGACACCUUCUCAGACCCAGAUGCCUUCCUCCUCCCCCGUCCUUGAUUGGGCAAACACAUCCUGCUCCGUGUGAACAUCAGGUUCUGGAGCCUCCCUAUCCGCCCAUCCAUGUGGAUAUCCUUGUUACUGCCCUCUCCUUCCCUCCUUGUGCCCCCCUGUUCACGUUGACUCUCUAGAUGCUGGGUGUGCUUCAUUUAUUUAUUUAGUUAUUUAUUUACAAACGAUACCAAAUAAAACUGCCGUUGAACUAGG